UCUCUCUGAACAAAGUUUCCAGUGAGCCGGGAGCGCAGAGGAGGAACACUCCCGUAUCAGCAGUUAUCACCGCCGGUUACUAUCUCCAGAGUCUCCGGCCCGGGGGACAAGAAGAGCCACUGCAGCCGGCCCGGAACCCCACAACAACAACAACAACAACAACAAAGCAACAACAACGAACAACUUCGGGGUUACCGAAUCUCACACAAGAACCUCCAAUACGUCGCGAGCUCCAAAAGACACCGACGGGCUCUUCUGAGGAGGGAGGACCGGAUCCCCCCGGACCCCCCCCCCCCCCCCCCCCCCAACACGGUGUGUGAAGAUGUAUCAGAGCCUGGCCCUGUCCUCCAACCCGUCCCCGUACGCGCACGACACCGGGAAUUACCUCCACCCGUCGGCCAGCUCUCCGGUCUACGUGCCCACGGCCAGAGUGCCCGCCAUGAUGCCCACGCUGCCCUACCUGCAGAGCUGCGACUCGGCCCACCAGACCCACCAGACCCACGGCCUCGGCGGGCACCACGGCUGGCCCCAGACCGGCGCCGGCGCGGACGUCUCGUCGUUCGCGCCCGGCAGCCCUCACCCUCCGCACGGCUUCUCGUACUCGCACAGCCCGCCGGUGAGCAGCAACACGGGCCGGGACGGGACGUACCAGAGCCCGCUGGUGCUUGGUAACGGCGCCCGGGCGGACCAGUACGGGGGUUCCCUGAUGCGCUCGGUGGCUGGAUCCUACUCCAGCCCGUACGCGUACAUGAGCCCGGAGAUGGCGACGUCCUCCUGGACGCCGGGGCCCUUCGAGAGCGGAGUGAUGAGCCUGCAGGGCCGGCACGGGGGCCUGACCGGGAGGAGGACCAGUCUGGACCUGAUCGACGACCUGUCCACGGAGGGCCGGGAGUGCGUGAACUGCGGCUCGGUGUCCACGCCGCUGUGGCGCCGCGACGGGACCGGCCACUACCUGUGCAACGCGUGCGGCCUCUACCACAAGAUGAACGGCAUCAACCGGCCGCUCAUCAAGCCGCAGAAGCGACUGCCGGCGCAUGCGGAUCAUUGUUGUAGCGACCGGCGCGCAGACAUCCUGCGAUUCAUUCCGAGAGUUGAGGGAACGGCUCCAUGUCGAGCUUCUCAAACGGCAGCGCGAGCUGCACACAUAUAUCAGACCACGUCCCGCCGGGCCGGCCUCUGCUGCACCAACUGCCACACCAGCACCACCACGCUGUGGAGGCGCAACGCCGAGGGGGAACCCGUGUGCAACGCCUGCGGCCUCUACAUGAAGCUGCACGGGGUGGCCAGACCUCUCGCCAUGAAGAAGGAGAGCAUUCAGACCAGGAAGCGCAAACCCAAGAUGCCCAAGAAUAAAACGUCCACAGGCUCCGCCCCCUCGGACAGCGGCUCCCCGACCUCCGUGUCGGUCUCAGAACACGCCUCCACCGUCAAGAGCGAACCCAACAUGGCGCCCUCGCCGUACGCCGGGCAGACGGUCGCGUCGGCCACUCAGGCGGCGUCUCAGUUGGACGGCACAGGCUCGGGACACGUGGACAUUAAAUACGAGGAUUACCCUUUCACCCUGAGCGCCAUGGCGCCGCAGAACUCCUGGUGCGCUCUGUCUCAAGCGUGAGGGGCUGCCACCUGAGGCCGGCUGCCACCUGAGGCCGGCUGCCACCUGAGGCCGGCUGCCACCUGAGGCCGGCUGCCACCUGAGGUCGGCUGCCACAUGAGGCCGGCUGCCACCUGAGGCCGGUCCGAUGGCUGCAUUGUGUUCAGGCGUUCUCCUCGGACACCUUGACCGGAGGCUCACUGAACACAGGGUACCUUUGACCAAAGGACGCGUACUCAGCACGCCGGCUCGGGGGCUCGGCCGGGGGGGCGAAGGACACAGCUGGACUAAGACUCAGAAAUACAGACGCUGGACUCCCCCCCCCCCCACACACACACACACACACCCCAACGAGCCACAUUUCCUCUGCGGGACAACAAGAACUACCUUGUACUCUUUUUUUGUGUUGGACUAACCUUAAUCCUACCAAAGACACACAAAAAAAUGAUAUAAAUAAUAUAAUAACCUCAUUUUUUUCAGCUGACAGCUGAUUUUUGGGGGGGGUGUGACGUAGAUUGUUGUCGUCGUUGUUGUGCUGGUGUUUGCCGAUAUCUCUCUAACACAACGAGAGACGUUUGCAUUUAUUUUUUGUCAUCGGGAGAAAAAGAAAAAGCGUAAAAUGAUGGACAUAAAAAUACCUUUUUCUUUUUUUCCUCCUCCUUUUUCAGUUUGCGGCUGUUGGACACGUCUCAUUACAGACGUGGAGAUGAUUAACUUUUACGGGCACAUUAUUUAUGUUGAGAUAAGGACAGUUAAGUCGUGGCGGCCACUAAAAGCAGCCAGAUUUAGCCCCCCCCCCUCACUAGCUGGUGUGUUGAAGCUUCGGUUUGUGCGAGCGACUUUUUACGAGAAAUAUAAUAUAAACGACAUCUCGAGCGAUGCGUUUGACAAUCAGGAAGCGGGCGUAGUGAUUCUGACAUCGUGACGACAUAUCAGAAGUGUGUGUUAAUUUUUACCGCUUUAAUAUUUGACAUUAAAUGAAAGUGCAAUGACUCCGUUUUUUUCCAUGUAAGCAAGUGAAGGCGUGAAUGAUUCUAAGCAUAUCAAUCUAAUUUUAUUCUCUGUAUUGUUGUCAAUAUGUAUUAUGUGUUGUUUUAAUGUUCUCUCUCUCUCUCUCUCUCUUGUUCCCUCUCUUUUCAACGCUCUUUGGAAUCUGUUCAGGUUAAUAAACUGAUUCACAUAUUA